CUUCCGCCUUUCCUCUACCAAAACAUAUGCAGUCUUGAGAUACUAUGCCUCAAAUCCUAGAUUUAGAUUGGAAAGAGCCUGUAAUUUUAUCUGUCUAUGCUGUUUGCUUUAUACUGCUGCUUGGUAGCUUGUACAAGGUCAUCAAAAGGCGCUGUUCACCUGGCUAUACGGGUCCAUUCUUGUUCAGAAGGAGGACCGGGAGGCGACUUCUAGGCGAGAACAACCCAGACAACGCUUCACCAGGGUUGCAGUGUGAAGGCCUGGCUUCUGCCAUCAUACAGUCCCUCCCGGCCGUUCAGUUCCGGGAAAAAACGAAGCAGAGUGAUGAUGGCAGCGGUGCUUGCUCCAUUUGCUUGGGGAAGUUUGGAGAAGGAGAGUGGCUGAGAUUGCUGCCAAACUGUGCUCACAUCUUCCACAUCUCCUGCAUUGACCCUUGGUUUCGCUCUCACUCCACCUGCCCCUUAUGCAGAACCGAUGUUUUGUAUGCUUCCGGUAGCAAUUUCGAUUCUCCCGCUUCAGCGAAUGGUUUGUUAGGGACGCUACCCAGAGAAAACACGUACCAAGGAAGGCCCCUAGGAUAUAGUCUUUUAGAAUCUGAGGCAGUUCGAAACCAGGAGCUCAGGUGGGAAGCAGUGAGAGGCAAUCGGCCCGGGUCAGACUCGGGUGAAUCUUUUCCUCAGGUGGGAAUGGCACCUUCAUCCAUGGCCUCAACCUCUCAAAUGCCUGAAUCAAGCAGCCAUCAGUAAGUUUUCGUGGCAUUCAUUGCUUGUAUCAUAAUCUCAGCAUUCUUUCCUGGUUACAGCAGUCUCUCGCCAUCAUAUUAUGAGAGAUACUCUUCCCAGAUCACGUGCAAGUAAAUCAUGUCCUACGGCUUGAAGCAAAAGAGGUUUGGUGCACCAAAACCAUGGGUGGACGUAAUUUUGGGUUAUCAUAGAUCGGUUUAGCCGCAUAGCUCUUCGCUGGAAGAUCUAGGAAAGAUGACGAAUGAACGAAGCGCCUUAUCACCCAAGAGAGAAAGUUGAAUGCACCAAGAGCUUCUCCAUGGAACAAUGUGCCAUCGUUUUGUUUGCAAAGGCUUUUCAUGUCAUUCCUCAUUACAUCAACAGGUAUCCCGAGUGCAGUUUCAAGACGCGAGAAGUAGACGACUUUAGAAUGAAAAGGCACGCAUGGUGAAGGAUUUUUAUUUGAUGUAUAGCUAUGGUACAUUGAGAGUUCAAUGCAAUGCGAUCGCCUCAAAAUAGGCUUGAUGUCAUGGCAAGGAUAUCUUUUUUUUCUCCAA